GCGGCAGUCGUUUUUUAGCCACUAUAGGGAAUUGUUCGAAUGCGGAGCAAUUUUCAAAUGCGCAACCAGUUGAAUUCUUUUGCAAGUGCACUUUGUUUUCAAGGAUUCGUUUAACUGAUAGGAUUUCCUUUGGUCGAGACUCUAGUUUUUUUUUCUAAAUUCUCAGUGCGUGUGCGGGUGUGCAUGUGCGUUCCGUCUCCCUCGCACUGCGUCGUGUGUGUAAUGUUUGUGUGUGCGUGAAGCCAGCGCGAUUUAAAAAUAAAACGGCAAAUACAUAAUAAAAAAUAUCGAAGAGCAACAGCGGCAGGCGUACCAAUACAAACUAACCGAUACCAGCCAGCCGUGUGUGUUUACACAGUGUUGUGCGUUGGUGUUUGUGUACCAAAGUUUCCUCCUUCUAACCAUAUUAAAUUCAAAACAAGUCAGAAAAACACGAUCUAGUUCGCAUGUAUGCGAGUGCAUUUUAUGGACGCCUCAGACUCAUUUGCCUGUGGAAACCAGCAGGACAUUGAUCGGCCCAAGAGCCAGCUCAUAAAGUCCCAGAACAGAAAGUGAAUCCGAGCCAGAAUCAGAAACACCCCAACCGUUGCACUGAUCACCAUACACAUUCAGCUGUCACAGCUUAGCAUACAAAAUCACUAUACCAUCAUCAUAUCCAUCGGGUAGAGCAAGAGCAUGAGCUUGUGGAAGCGCAUCUCCAGCCAUGUCGACUGCGAGCAGCGUAUGGCGGCUUACUACGAGGAGAAGGGUAUGCUCGAGCUGCGCCUCUGCUUGGCACCCUGGAUCGAAGACAGGAUAAUGUCCGAACAAAUAACGCCCAACACUACCGAUCAGUUAGAGCGCGUGGCCCUAAAGUUCAACGAAGAUCUGCAGCAAAAGCUUCUAUCCACGCGCACCGCCAGCGACCAGGCCCUCAAGUUCCGGGUGGUGGAGCUUUGCGCCCUCAUCCAACGCAUCUCCGCCGUUGAGCUGUACACGCAUCUGCGCAGCGGUCUACAAAAAGAGUUGCAGUUGGUCACCGAGAAGAGCGUGGCUGCAACCGCAGGCCAAUCAAUGCCGCUAAAUCCCUACAACAUGAACAACACGCCCAUGGUUACCGGGUACAUGGUGGACCCCAGUGAUCUUCUGGCGGUGUCCAACAGCUGCAAUCCUCCAGUUGUUCAGGGCAUAGGACCUAUCCACAAUGUGCAAAAUACAGGCAUUGCCUCCCCAGCCCUCGGUAUGGUCACACCCAAGGUGGAGCUGUACGAGGUGCAACAUCAGAUCAUGCAGUCCCUCAAUGAGUUUGGCAACUGUGCCAAUGCCUUGAAGCUGCUUGCCCAAAACUACAGUUACAUGCUAAACUCCACAUCCUCGCCGAACGCAGAAGCUGCCUACAGAAGUCUUAUCGAUGAAAAGGCGGCCAUCGUACUCACAAUGCGUCGCAGCUUUAUGUACUACGAAUCGCUGCACGAGAUGGUCAUACACGAGCUCAAGAACUGGCGCCACCAACAAGCGCAAGCCGGAAACGGAGCUCCCUUUAAUGAGGGCUCCCUGGAUGAUAUCCAGCGCUGCUUUGAGAUGCUCGAGAGCUUUAUCGCACACAUGCUGGCUGCCGUUAAGGAGCUGAUGCGCGUACGUCUGGUCACCGAAGAGCCGGAGCUCACACAUCUGCUUGAACAGGUGCAGAACGCGCAGAAGAACCUGGUAUGCUCUGCCUUUAUCGUCGACAAACAGCCCCCGCAAGUGAUGAAGACCAACACACGCUUCGCAGCGUCUGUGCGUUGGCUAAUCGGUUCUCAGCUGGGCAUUCACAACAAUCCACCCACAGUCGAGUGCAUCAUAAUGUCAGAGAUCCAGUCGCAACGGUUCGUUACGCGCAAUACACAGAUGGAUAAUAGUAGCCUAUCCGGUCAAUCAUCGGGCGAGAUUCAAAACGCCUCUAGCACUAUGGAGUAUCAGCAAAACAACCAUGUUUUCUCCGCCAGCUUCCGAAACAUGCAGCUGAAGAAGAUCAAGCGGGCAGAAAAGAAGGGCACUGAGAGCGUGAUGGACGAGAAGUUCGCCCUGUUCUUCUACACCACCACCACCGUGAACGAUUUCCAGAUCCGUGUGUGGACCCUGUCCUUACCGGUGGUGGUUAUUGUGCACGGCAACCAGGAGCCCCAGUCUUGGGCUACCAUUACUUGGGACAAUGCAUUUGCGGAGAUUGUUCGCGAUCCCUUCAUGAUUACCGACCGCGUUACCUGGGCCCAGCUGUCAGUCGCGUUGAACAUCAAAUUCGGAUCGUGCACAGGGCGUUCUCUGACCAUUGAUAACCUUGAUUUCCUAUACGAGAAACUCCAGCGUGAGGAGCGGUCUGAGUACAUUACGUGGAACCAAUUCUGUAAGGAGCCCAUGCCCGAUCGGUCCUUUACAUUCUGGGAGUGGUUCUUUGCCAUCAUGAAACUCACCAAAGAUCACAUGUUGGGCAUGUGGAAAGCAGGCUGCAUUAUGGGCUUCAUCAACAAGACCAAGGCUCAGACUGAUCUGCUGCGUUCAGUCUAUGGUAUCGGCACUUUCCUGCUCCGUUUCUCCGACAGCGAGCUCGGUGGAGUCACUAUCGCCUACGUAAACGAAAAUGGACUGGUCACCAUGCUAGCGCCAUGGACUGCACGGGAUUUCCAGGUGCUGAACCUGGCCGAUCGCAUUCGAGAUCUGGACGUGCUUUGCUGGCUGCACCCUAGCGACCGCAAUGCGAGUCCCGUGAAGAGGGACGUCGCCUUCGGUGAGUUCUACUCAAAGCGUCAAGAGCCCGAACCCCUCGUUCUAGAUCCUGUGACCGGUUAUGUGAAGAGCACAUUGCAUGUUCACGUUUGUAGAAACGGAGAGAAUGGAUCUACUAGUGGAACACCGCAUCAUGCUCAGGAAAGCAUGCAACUGGGAAAUAUCUCGCCACAAAGCGGCAUCACUUUCUAUAGCCCAGCCCGACUUGAGGAAUCAGAUUCCGAUGCUAGCGAAACGGCCGAGGCCCUAGAGAGAAUUGUGAUAGGCGCUCAACCCAACGAUCCUGUGAUAAGUGAAAUCACUGAUGCCUUAUUGACGAGCAACUAUAGACAUGGUGACUUUGGAAUGGCGGACUUCGAUACGAUUACAAACUUUGAGAACUUUUGAAACUAUAACCACUAUAGAAGCCUACGUAUAAACGAAAUCAGAUAAACUCCUGAACGUGUGUCGCUAUCUUGGAAGUCCGACGAUGACGAUUCCGCCACCUCAACGAUUGCAACGAUCUGGCGCAUGACUCAUUGUGCUAAUCGAAAGUUUUAUUUAAUGUUAUCUAGAUGUAAUUAUUAGAUUUGGGAAUGCAUCGUAGUGGAAGGUUUUGUUUGCUUUUUGUGAAACGCCAAAACACAAGAACAACAUCAACAUCAAUAAGAUCUAGCCGAUCAAUGCAUGCAAAUUGAGCACCUCAACACAAACACCUUCAGCUCACAGCCAGAACAUUGUCUAUAUAAUAUAUCGUGAUUAUGAUUGUGUCUGACUUAUGCAAAAUUUAGAAUUUCUGUGUUGUAUAAACCUUUGGAAUGUGUCCGCACGUUGUUUUAUAUUUUUAUAUAUAUCUUUUAUAUAUGUAUACAUAUGAUUUCAAUUUGUGCACUAUGACGUGUUCGUCUGUGACAAAGCAUUACGUUUAGAUGAUACUGACAAAAUAAUCGGUUUAGUUAGUGAGUAACUAUUUGUUGAAUCUAAAUUUUUGAUUUUGAUUUUAAUUUUAUGGCCUAAUUUUAAAACUUUGAUAUACAAUUUAAUUCGCGUGCUAAGCCUAUGUUAAACGAAAGUGGAAAAACAAUCAACGAGAGCAGCAACGCAGGGAUUGAUUGCUUUAAUUUUAGUUAUAAUCUAAGUAAGAUUGAAUUGCUUUAUGUAACCCCAUCCUUUAUUGGCUUCCAAUGCUGAAAAUGCGCAAAAAUUUGAACUAAUCAAUGUAUAUUUUUUUGAAACUUGUUUGUUUGAGUCAUCAGGGCAGAGUUUGCAAUGCAUUUCAAAUGCGCCACAUGCGAUUGCCUUUUUAGUCAGCUAUUAGAGACACGAGGACCAUAUUACGUUUGUUUGAGAGAUCGUAAACAUAAUCAUUUAUGUAUGUAAACAACAACAAUAACACAAUACUACACUUAGCUUUGUACGUGAACCUUAAGAAUUUUAUAAGACUUAAGUACACCCCAAAUAAAUAUACAAUUCAAU